AUGCGGCUGGGGCUUCACUCGCCGCCGUCGCUCUCAUUCUACGUCUUCGGCCCCAACUACACAAUCGACGGAGACGAGUCCAAUGACAGUAACCGCAAGAAAAGCAUCGUUGGUCUCUCCAAUGUCGCCAAUGACUGUUUUAUCAACUCGGUGCUCCAGGCCCUGGCCGGUCUGGGUGACCUGCGCGUCUAUUUGAUCCGUGAGUUGCACCGGCGCGAGCUGGAUGGUCCGGAGAUGUACCACGCGGUGCCGAACGAAGACGAACUUCCACGCGGACAGCGGCCGGACAAGCUGCGGGACUUGCAGCAGGGAAUCGUCACAAAGGCAUUGAAGGAAAUGCUGGAUCGGUUGAACGAGCGUCCGAUCUACAGGAAGACUAUCUCCGCGCGCGGCUUCAUCGAGGCCCUUGAAUUCGCGUACCGCACACGCAUUAGCCGCAACCAACAAGACGCGCAGGAAUUCUUGCAGAUUGUGCUGGAGCGGCUCUGCGACGAAUACCAUGCUGGUGUCCGUGCUCGGCGGCGCGCACUUGGCCCCAUUGGAGCACCUGCUGGUUCAGGCGCCGUGGGUGCAGAGUCUGAGGCCGAGAGCCCGGACAGCCCGGGGGUCGAAGUGCGGAUUGAUGAUGGAUCUGCCAAUGGACUUCCUGCCAUUAUUGAUAACAAAUUGAGAGAGAUCGACAAUGAGUCUGGAUUUCCUCUGGAGGGAAAACUGGAGUCGCAGAUCGAAUGCCAGUCUUGCCACUACCAGUACAAGCCCAAUCAGACUUCGUUUGUGAAUCUUACCCUGCAAGUACCCCAGAAAAGCUCGACCACCCUGAAUUCUUGCUUUGACGGUCUCUUGAAAACCGAAUACAUUGAAGAUUUCCGAUGCGACCGGUGCCGCCUACAGCAUGCCGUCGACAUGAAGAUUUCCGAGAAGAUCCGUACUAGUUCACAGAGCGAUCGGGAUCGGUUAGGAGAAGAGAUUGAGCGCCUUCGGGAUGCCCUGGAGAAUGACCCUGAGCGCGAACUUGAAGGCAUUGAGUUUCCACCAGCAGAGCUUGCGCCUAAACGACGAAUCGCUCGACACAUGCGUAUCACGUCUUUCCCCAAAAUCAUCGCAGUUCAUCUGUCACGGUCGAUCUUUGAUCGCAGCAGUUCAUCGAAGAACGCUGCCAAGGUGUCAUUCCCCGAGCGAUUGCCUCUGGGAGGAAUCUUAAAUCAGACGUGGUUUAAGUUGCUUGCGAUUGUUUGCCACAAGGGCAGCCACCACAGCGGUCACUACGAGUCGUUUCGCCGCAAUCACCUCUAUGCGCCAUUCUCCACCCCAGAGGUUUUUAGUUCCUAUGCGGCAAGCCGAGUCGCUAGCCAGAACCCGUCCCAGGCACCGAGUCCACGAUUGAUGCCACGCAGCAGCCCUGAUCCUGAUACUGGUGCCAGCAGUGGACUAUCCACCGCGACUUCCUCCACCUCCCUCUCGGGUACAUCGCCGUCGACGCAGCUCACGCCGCCGCUGCCCCGUCCCACUACGUCCAGCUCGCGGCGUUCCUUCCAGAGCACGUUUUCUCGGUCGUCGCGCUCGUCGACACCACAACCUACGGUGGAUUCGGAUAGCAAUAGUCCAUCGACGGAUCAAGGACGAUUCAGCAUCUCGUCGGCCACGCGCUCCUCCCGAAAUAUCCCCCGGUCAUCCGGCGAGCCCCCGUCGGGAGUCAGUUCGCGGCUUCGACGGCGUCGCAAGCCGAAUGACCGAUGGUGGCGGAUUUCGGAUGAGAAGAUCAAAGAGUGCAAGACCUCGGACGUGCUGGGCAUGCAGAAGGAGGUCUACAUGUUGUUUUACGAGAUUGAGAAACCGGACUCGAGCCCCGCGGAUGGGCGGACAUGA